CCGAAUUGGGGAAGGAUUGAAGGGGGCUGUGCCUCCGGUUGCGGGAAGAGUCAAAGUCAUUUCGCUGAAACCUCUGUUAGGUGGGCCUUGGAGAAAACGCCGCCGAGCACCGCCAGAAUCGGGAAACACUUUCCAGGUUGUCUGCUCGGGAGAGACAGACAUUGGCACUUGUCUGAGUGAAGAUGAGGAAAAGGCUGUAAAUCAGCCAGAAGAGCCUUGAAGGACAGCUUCGGCGUGAGACAGAGAUGGCCAGUAGAAGGAGGUGAACACCGCAAAGGAAGAUGGCUUUCUGCUCCGGUCCCGUUUAGUGCAGCCCCAGCUUCUGGAAUGCGCCACUAGACCACCAUGGACGGAGCCCACAGCGCGGCCCUGCACCUGCAGCAGCUCCCGCCCACGAGCAGCACCGACCCCAAGAGCCAGGGCUCCUUCUCCUACAAGGAAAACUUGAUCGGCGCCCUUUUGGCGAUUUUCGGGCACCUCGUGGUGAGCAUUGCACUUAACCUCCAGAAGUACUGCCACAUCCGGCUGGCAGGCUCCAAGGACCCCCGGGCCUACUUCAAGACCAAGACAUGGUGGCUGGGCCUGUUCCUGAUGCUACUGGGCGAGCUGGGCGUGUUCGCCUCCUAUGCCUUCGCUCCCCUCUCGCUGAUCGUGCCCCUCGGCGCAGUCUCCGUGAUAGCUAGCGCCAUCAUAGGAAUCAUAUUCAUCAAAGAAAAAUGGAAACCUAAAGACUUUCUGAGGCGCUACGUCUUGUCCUUUGUCGGCUGUGGCUUGGCCAUUGUGGGCACCUACCUGCUGGUGACAUUCGCACCCAACAGUCACGAGAAGAUGACUGGCGAGAACAUCACCAGGCACCUCGUGAGCUGGCCUUUUCUCUUGUACAUGCUUGUGGAGAUCAUUCUGUUCUGCUUGCUGCUGUACUUCUACAAGGAGAAGAAUGCCAACAACAUCGUCGUGAUUCUUCUCUUGGUGGCGUUACUGGGCUCGAUGACGGUGGUGACGGUGAAGGCCGUGGCCGGGAUGCUUGUCUUGUCCAUCCAGGGGAACCUGCAGCUCGACUACCCCAUCUUCUACGUGAUGUUUGUGUGCAUGGUGACCACCGCCGUCUAUCAAGCCGCGUUUUUAAGUCAAGCCUCACAGAUGUAUGACUCCUCUUUGAUUGCCAGUGUGGGCUACAUCCUAUCCACAACCGUCGCCAUCACAGCAGGCGCAGUGUUUUACCUGGACUUCAUCGGAGAGGACGCGCUGCACAUCUGCAUGUUUGCCCUAGGGUGCCUCAUUGCAUUCUUUGGCGUCUUCUUAAUCACACGGAACAGGAAGAAGGCCAUUCCAUUUGAGCCCUAUAUUUCCAUGGAUGCCAUGCCAGGUAUGCAGAAUAUGCAUGACAAGGGGACAGCAGUCCAGCCUGACCUCAAAGCUUCCUUUUCCUAUGGGGCCCUGGAAAACAAUGACAACAUUUCUGAGUUCUAUGCUCCUGCCACACUGCCUGUCAUGCAAGAAGAACACGGCUCCAGAAGCACCUCUGGGGUUCCCUACCGAGUCCUGGAACAUACCAAGAAGGAAUGAGCCCACUGUGAAGGAGACUCGCCUCCCCUCCACUUGUAACUGCUCAAGCCAUGCUGACAGUGGUCCAACUCUUAAUUCUAAAACUUGUCUUUCAAGUCUAAUUUUUCUAAACCAUGAAGUAUACGGAUGGGGAUCUUGAAAAGGCUUUGUCUCUGGUGGAGGAUAUGUUAUCUUGGUCAUGGAAAUUUCAAAUGUUGGGGGUGAGGGGAGAGGACCAAAGCAGCAUUCCAGGUGGGUGGUAUUGAAUUCAGCCUCUGCCUGGUCAGCCACGCGGGACUUGGAAAGCCUUCAUCACCCUGAGGUUGGUAACUGCGCUUCCUCGACCACGGACCAAAGGUUGCCACGUCCUUCAGAGCUGAAGCGAGGCAGAGACUCUGCUCUUCCUCUCCAAGUCCAGUGAAAGACUGGAGACCUUUAAGUCGAGUCUUUCCCUGCCUCACGUGCAGGCCUGUUCUCUAUCCCUCUCACUUGUGAUUCCAUAUUUGUGAUAACAUUUGUGCCACCUUCACAUGGCCUAGUGGGCCAGCCAUGGGUGGGACAUUCUGCCCUUCACCGGUAGGAAAUGCACUUCUGCCUUCCCAUUGUCUGUGCCCUCCCAGUGAAAAUGUGCUUGAUGUGUUUAUGGUGGAUCUACUCCGCAAACUAACUUGGUUUUAGUUCUGUGAACUAUUUGAUUGCUUUCGCUCCCUGCCCCACCCGCAAAGGAACUAGGAAGUAAAGAGAAGAAGGAGGAGAAGAGGACAGGGGCAGAGUUACUACACUUCAGCCUGUAAGGGAGGAAGAAUCCCUUUCCAUCUUACAAAAGGUGAUUGCCUCACUUAAAAAGAAUAGCCAGGAAAUCUGGCUGUAUUACAUGUAUUUUCCUGCACACCAGUGCCCUCUGGGAAGAUUGGGGGUGCCCGUUUCAGAAACAGCGUUGCUCACCUCCCACCAUCCUCUUCACUGUAGGUCAACAAACCAAGCUGGGGUUACUGGUUCAUUUUCUUGGAGUCAGGAGAGACUGUUUGGGUCCUCACUCCCAUGCAUUUGUCUGGGAGACAUGAGCAAUCUCAGGAACGGAGCUACAGCCUUCUUUCAGGCUGUGUACCUUCUUCCCCUAGACUGACUGUAAGUUUUCAAGAAUGGCAGGUAAAGGUUUGCAAACCUUAAUGAACAUAAGGAUCCCCUAGGGAACUUACUUAAAAUGCAGAUUCCUAUACCCCAACCACAAAUACUCUGAUUAAGUGGGACUGGGGUAGGGCUCAAGAGUCUGCAUUCUCAACUAACAGUGCAGGUGAUUCUGAGGCAGGUAACCCAAGGAUCACACACCUCCAAAGCCCAACAAUUGGAAUGGUCUGCUUUAAGACCCUCAGGGGCCGACCCACUCCUACUGGAAAGUUGGAAUUGCCAUUCCUUGUUUCUGCCCUGGGGUUCGUGUGGCAGGUCGAGCAAUCCCCUUAGGAUCAGAGGCAGUGCUCCAUUCAUUGAUUACUACUUAGAGCUACACUUACUGCUUCCCUCUGCAGCCUUCAACUAACGGGCAAGAUAACAGUGUUAACAGACCAGUGUUGAUAGAUCAUUAACCUUUAUGGAUUGUGCUUAAUACUGAUUUAGUACCUUGACUUCAAAAACUGACUGUUGCCUGUGGUAACCACUUCUGUAUUGUAUCUCAGCCACUUCUGUAUUGUGUCUGACAUGCCUAGGAGGGCAGCAGGCAAUGAAGGACCUUUUUCCCUUUAGGAUAAGUAUGGACUCAAUGCAACAAUAUUUAUGAGGCAUUCAUUCCCUAUUUGUUAAGCAUUUGGAAGGUGUGAGCAAAAAGAGUAAGAAUGGUCCCUGCCUUCUGGGCCAGCAGUGGGGGAAAGGCAAAUACCCAGUAAGGGAAACUGGCAGGCCAGGCCGCGUGCAAUAGUGGACCACAAAAAAUGACAAUUGUGGAGAUCCUGCUAAAGGUUGGGCCUUGAGCUCAGAAGGAGGGAUUCAAAAUGGAGGUGAUUUUGGUCCCAUUCAUUAAUGAGUGGCAAAACUACCUAAAUUUUGGGCAAAGCAUAGAAAGUCAGGUGGUCACCCCCACAGCCAUGCCCCAGGCAGAGGAGCCAGCACUUGCAAAGGCACAGAGGGAGAUCACAGGAAAGGAGAGCCAGGUAGGUGGGAGGUGAGCCUGGAAAAAUAAGCAUCAGAAGCCGAAUUACAAAAGGCUUGAAUGCCUGGUGGAGGAGUUUAAAGUUAUCCCAGAAGGCAUGGGAGUCAUUGAUGGUUCAUGAGGAAGGCAAUGACAGGCUCAACACUGAUUGGAAACAAGGCCUUAUGCAGUUUGGAGGAAGGAUCUGAAGCGAUACUAAAUGUCACUUUUCAAGGUCAAGUGGCAAUCCUGCAAGAACGGAACACAAACGGGGAAUUAAAGUCCAGCUUUGCUGCUAUCAGGGGAGGAUGGCAUCAACUUUCCACCCACAUCCCUGAAUCUUUGUUUCUUCUCAUGGCUCUGGCAUCCCCAAGCCCUGUUGAAUGUUACAAGCAACAUUAAACAUCACGCCUCAUCUCUUUUCUAGCAGCCAUGAAGUUAAACUUGGGUUUAAACUUUUCAGCUGUUCUGUGGUUUUCCUCUCCCUACCCUUCUGUCCCCCUUGUCUAGAGACUCUGGAUACUCUAAUCGUAGAUUAGAACCAGUUCUUCACAGACUGGUACUGUGGGUUUUGACAAGAGUUCAGCCCCCCACCCCACUUCCUUUGACCCCUCCCGUGAAGCCGCAGGUCUGAUAAUGCCAUCCAAUUAAGCUUCAGAUCAUGUAGGGAGUUUGCAGCACAGAACUGAAUGCUGGGUAGGGAAGUUGGGGACUGACAUCCCAUUACUUUUCUGAUGGAAACCGGCCCUCUUGAUGGUUCUGUGGAUACAAUUCAUCCAUCAGGGUAGCAUUGGGGAACCUCCACCUGCAGCCUUGUGAAUUUUAAAUCUAGUCCAACACUGGAUGAUAAGCAAAAAGAAUUUACUUGUGUGUUUCUUUGAGAAGCUAUGUAAAUGAAGUCAUCUUGGAAUAUAUUCUGUGUGGAUGCUUAUAUUUUGUUAACUUCUUGACUAAUAUGGCAUGUCUUAUUUUUCAAAAAAUGUGCGUGCUAGGUGCAAAUAAAAUUAUG